CACUUAACUGACUGAGCCACCUAGGCACCCCACCCCACUCCCCCACAAAAAAAAUUUUUUUAAUAGUACUAGGUGCUACUACUAUACAGAACCCUUUUUUUCCCCCCCGCCUGCUAUAGGUCUUUGAGAUGGUUCCAUAUAUGUAGGCUGACAGUGCUUCCUUGUUCUAGUUCAUGGCCGUGUGGUGGCCCACCAUUGAAACGUUAGCGUCCGUUCUCUUCCGGGGGUCACUGGUCACUUCUAAUCCUUUGCCCUGUUCUCGAUGCUGUUGCAGUUGGCCACCAUGUCGCCCACAGGGCUGCUGCCUGGGGCCUGCGGGACCACACUCAGCUCCCUGCUCCUGGUCUGCUGUCUGCUGCCCCCAGGCACCCGGGGGCAGGAGUUCUCACUGAGGGUGGAGCCCCACAACCCUGUGCUGCCUGCGGGGGGGUCCUUCUUGGUAAACUGCAGCACAGAUUGCCCCCAGCCCAAACUCAUCAUCCUAGAGACAUCCCUAAGCAAGCAGCCAGUGGCCAACGGCCUGGGCUGGGCAGCCUUCCAGGUCAGCAAUGUGACUAGUGACAGCCUGGUCCUCUGCUCCGGCUUCUGUGACACGCUCCAGAUGAUAGGCUCCUCGGUCAUCACAGUCUACCGGUUCCCUGAGCGGGUGGAGCUGGCACCCCUACCCACCUGGCAGCCCGUGGGCGAACACCUCACCCUGCGCUGCCUGGUGGCUGGCGGGGCGCCUCGGGCCAACCUCACGGUGGUGCUGCUCCGCGGGGAGGAGGAGCUGAGCCGGCAGCCGGCCGUCGGGGAGCCCGCGGAGGCCACGGUCACGGUGCUGGCGGGCAGAGACGACCACCUCGCCAAUUUCUCGUGCCGCACAGAACUGGACCUGCGGUCCCGAGGGCUGGAACUGUUCCAGAACAGCUCGGCCCCCCGGCAGCUGCGAACCUUUGCCCUGCCCAUGACCUCCCCACACCUCGUUGUCCCCCGGCUCUUGGAAGUGGGAACGACGUUUUCCGCGAGCUGCACCUUGGAUGGUCUGUUCCCGGCCUCCGAGGUCCAGGUCCAGCUGGCGCUGGGGAACCAGAUGCUGAAUCCUGCAGUCGAGAGCGACGGGGAUACGAUCACGGCCACAGCUACAGCUACAGUGAGCGCGGAGCAGAAGGGCGCCCGGGAGAUUGUCUGCAACAUGACACUGGGGAGCGACAGCCGGCAGGCCCGGGAGAACUUGACCGUCUACAGCUUCUGGGGGCCCAUCCUAAACCUGAGUAACUCCAACGCCUCCGAGGGGGCCGAAGUGACUGUGACUUGCGUGGCCGGGGCCCGAGCCCAGGUCACGCUGGACGGAGUUCCCGCUGCGGGCCCUGGCCAGCCGGUCCAGCUCCAGCUAAACGCCACGGAGAGGGAUGACCGGCGCAACUUCUUCUGCAAUGCCACACUCGAGGUGGAUGGGGAGAUCUUACACAGGAACAGGAGCGUCCAGCUGCGUGUCCUGUACGGUCCCAAGAUUGACCAAGCCAAAUGUCCCCAGCACUUGACGUGGGAAGCCAGGACCACCCAAGUCCUGCAGUGCCAGGCCCGGGGCAACCCGGACCCCCAGGUGCACUGUUUUAAGGAAGGCUCCUGGAAGGAAGUGCGCGUCGGGUUCCCAUUCACCGUCACGUUAAACUACAGUGGUACCUACUCCUGCCGGGCCGUCAGCUCACGAGGCACACACACUGUAAUCGUGGUGAUGAACGUUCAGGGUCGGAAUCCCCAUGCCGCCACCAUCGCCAUGGUGGUGUUGACGAUCCUGGGGCUGGUGACUACCGGCACGGCCUUAGCGUACGUCUUCUGGAUUCAGAAGCGGGGUGACAGUUACCAUGUUAACAAGGGGAGCACUUGGUUGCCCCUGACGUCUAGGCAGCCCGAGGUGCCUGUGGGGGUGGAGCCCGUGGGGGAGGAGCCUGUGGGGGAGGAGCCUGUGGGGGAGGAGCCAUCCUGAACCUCGAACCUGGGGGAUGCUGGACCAACGAUGGGGGUUUGGCUGUAUCCCGGGGUUCCGCACCAAUAAAGCCCUCAAAAUCCGGA